AUGUGUGCUCCAGAAGCUGCGCCUGUUAUCAAAUCGUUUUCUCCUGAACUAAUUGUUUACCCCGGUCUUGACCCUGAUGCGGUUCUACCAAAACUUGAAAGAGUUGACGCCAUAGUUUUGGGGCCUGGCUUGGGUCGCAGCCCACAUGUUGCUCCCCUAUUUGAUAAAGUUGUAGACUUCGUCAUAAAGAAAAAUCUCCCUAUGGUUAUGGAUGCGGACGGGCUUUGGUUCCUCAAUGAGUCGAUACGUAAAGGUAUCAAGCCCUUACCUUCGGCAAUCUUGACACCAAACAUGGUAGAGUUCUCAAGAUUAUGCGAAUCUGCUUUGGACGAACAUGAUGUUCUCGAGAUAAAAGAUCAGUCAAAACUAGAGGAUCUGGCUUCACGUUUGAGUACUCGCCUAGGCACAUCGCUGUUUGUCAAGGGGAAAGUGGAUAUCAUCACAAAUCCAGAUGGAAAAGUCACGAAUCAUAUCUAG